GCACCGGGCGCCCCCUCGCUCCGCCCCGCCCCCUGCUGUACACGUCACUUGUUAUGUCUCCACCGGCGGCCGCGGCUCCGCCGGGGCGGGGACAGCGGCGGGAGGGAGGCGGGGGGGCCGUGGCCCCGCGGCGCUGACAGCCCCCCCACCCUGCUCUCCUCUCCCCUCCCCGCCCCGCGGCAGCCCGGCCUCCGGCUCGGCUCUCCCCGGCCCCUCGGCGGGCAGCCCCCGGCGGGAAGAUGUGGGUGAAGCUGUGCUGUUUGCUGCUCUACUUCCUGGCGCUCUUCGUCCUGGCCAGGGUGUUCGAGGCCGUGGCGUGGUACGAGAGCGGUUUCCUCGCCACGCAGCUGGUGGACCCGGUGGCGUUGAGCUUCAGGAAGCUGCGGACCAUCCUGGAGUGCCGGGGGCUGGGACAUUCUGGGCUGCCCGAGAAAAAGGAUGUGCGGGAGCUGGUGGAGAAGUCAGGAGACCUUAUGGAAGGAGAGCUUUAUUCUGCUCUCAAGGAGGAAGAGGCCUCUGAAUCGGUUUCCAGUACAAACUUUAGUGGUGAAAUGCACUUCUAUGAACUUGUAGAAGACACAAAAGAUGGGAUUUGGCUAGUUCAGAUUGUCAAGAUUUAAUGACUUCCUGCUAUUAGACCUGCACUGUCACCACAUCAGAUCUCACCCUAAAAUAGACAAUGAGAGGACAGAUUACCUUCACAGCCAAAAUGGCAUUUGUGUUUUGGGAAUGAUGUUUUUGGAGUUUAUUGAAUCUAAGUUUCAGGUUUAAAUCAUACAGAAGGGCAUUCUUCAACCAGAGAGUGAGUGUUGAAAGGAAGUUUACACAUCUCCAAGCUAGUUGACAAAUACGAGCAUGAAUAUGCUAUGAAAAACCUUCCCUCCUCCCCAUGCAGCUCAAAAGAGUAAAAUAUAGUAGUUCUCUGUUGUCUGUUGCUUGCAGAAUUUUAAUUGUAAUAUAUUUUCAGCUAGCUUCAUAAUAGCAGAUCAGAUAGGCUGCGUUUUGAUAUCUCUAGUGUGAUGAAUGUUGUCAUCAUUCUGGGAAUAUUUGCACAGCUAUUCAGUUGGUCACAAUAGCUGUGGAAAAAAAAAUAGUGGAAUUUACUGAAUAAUUUACUUGCUGAAUGCUAUUUGUCUGUUUCUCCACAAUAAAAACCACUAGACAUGUCAAAUUUCUUUUUUCAUUCUUGCCUUUAGAGUUUUCAUCACUUCUGAGUUUUCAUUUGUUCCCUUCCCCACCAUAAGUCCUGUCUGGAUAACUCCUGUGCUGGAUUCUUUGUGUCCUUUCACAGGUUUUCCCAUGCUCUUUUCUUAGACCUCAUCGCUGCAGAGCUGUUUUUUAUCAUCACUUUCAUGUUCUAAUUCUUGAUUACCCUCCCUUACACAUUCUCCUUUACUGUUAAGCAUCCUGUGGAAACUUUACAACUAAUUAAUCAGCUCAAUGCUUAGGUGGGAUGCCUCAUGGAUGGGUUUGGUGACCAUGGAGAAGGUUGGAGCAUUCCCCUGCUCUGCUGUUGCUACUAGCUGGGAAGCAGAGAGGAUCUCCAGAUCCUUUUCAGGGUCCUGACCCUGAAUCUCUGUUCCACGGGGGCUGCUGGAAAGCAGUAGAGGGAAAAGAACAGUUCUGGCUCAGCUAGCACGGUGGCUGUUGGUUGAGUUGGUGUUGAAGACUUUAUGAUGAUGUCUGGGAGGAUGGGAACUCUGAAGAUUAUUUGUAUUUUUCAAUGCAUGUAAAUUAAAUUUCUGGGGUGGCACAGGCUGGUAAUGCGAUAGCCACCACUGUCUGCAGAGAAUCAAAGGAAAAAGAGGAAACAAUUAUUAUUUCUUGAUAUGUUUGACACAAAUUCAGAUGUGAAUUUAUCAUUUAGAGCCAGCAAGAUGACUUCCUUGAAGAAAGUCAAAGUCCCUACACAAGGAAACAGUGUUUUGUGGCUUUGUUUCUUUAUUUUCUGGAAAUCCACAUGCAAAGCAUCUAAGUUCAGUGAUAAUUUGUUUACCAGUGUAGCUAUUCACAGGUGUCCUCUGCUCCUACAUGGAGCUUCUGUAGAGCCACAGACAGCAGCAUGCUCUCUCUCCUAUUAGCUCAUGAUCUCAUCACCUUUCCUUUUACGCCCUUCUUGCUUGCCAGCUGCUGUUGUGCACUUUGGCUGGCAAGGAGGACAAGUGGUAGUUUCUAGAGCUGCUUCUCGUGUUGGUGGAGGAGUAACGCAUAACGUUCUGGCUUUUCCAGACUCUGCUAUGGCUCAUGCUCUCUGCCUAGUCUCUAGAAGCCUGUCAGAUCCAACAAUAUCAUAGUCACUGUGACCUUUUAAAAAAGGUACAGUAAAUGAUCUACAAAUAAAAAUCCUCUUUGAAUGAAGUUAAAAUCUCAAGUAAUGUAUAUUUUUAUUUUUAAAGUCUGUAUUGUAACAUAGUGGUAGAGAGAAGUAAAGGGAACUUUCUUCCUGGCAUUGAAGCAGGAGGACAGGCAUUUUGAUCAUGUCUGGUAGAGGUGCAAAGGACGUUAUUGCAGAUAUAAAAGGUUGCAGUCUCUUCUGCAUCUCAUCUUAUUCAAGUGGUGUAGUCACAGAGCAAGGUUUUGGUGGUCAUUCAUUUGUUCUUUUGCUUGCAUGCAGGAUGAGUAAUUUUCGUAUUUGCUUUUUUAAUUUUGCCAGGUGAUCAGUGAUUCUCGCUACAAGGAAAUUAAGUAGAAACACUCAAUUCUUUUCAAAUACAUCAUUUAGUUUCCAGUAGCCCUUCAGGAUCGUUUACCAUAAGAUACCCGAUUUUAACUUUCAGUGUCCUUCUUGAGAGUCUUCAUAUCCAGUCAAGGGUGCAGAAUACCAUCAGCUAGAAUGUAAUAGUUCUCAUAUUGCCUGCAUAUCUGUGUUAAUUCAUUACAGAAGCUCAUUUAUUCUCAGCCUCUGACUUAAUUGACAGCUUAACUGAGCUGUUUGUAUUGGUGCAUAGAUCACCCCACCUCCCUUGAGAAACUACAUGUAAUUUUGAGGUGGUUAAUUUUUGCAUGCCAUGAUGGAUGUAGUCUUCUGUCUUGGCCUGUUUUGAUCUAAUUUCUCAUGGUCUCUUUCUCAGAAAAGCAAAGCAAAAAAAUCUCCAGACAUCUUUAAACCAUAUGGAUGGAUUCUGAACCACUUGUGAAUUCUUAGGAAAGAGUGACUAUGUGGAAAUUCAGUUUCAUCAGCACAAUGCUGAAUAAUAAACAGAAAGUGAGAUGUCUCAGAAUUAAUAAAAGUCCAGACAGUCAUGUAGAAACUUACUGAUGUUAUCUGGAAUAAGUGGGCUUUUCCCCAUGCUUCUAAUAAAUAACUCACCAGUCCAUUUAUAAUUAACUGUAUUUCUGUAUGAGAAUUGUCCAAGUAUUUUUACAUCCGUUUUAUCUAUGGCAGGAUAGUUUGGAACAUAGCUGUUGAUUAUAAAGGGUUCUAUGAAAAGCACAUAAGAAGCUUAAUUACUACACCAGGGUUUUUGAACCUUUGUAUCUUUGUGGAUCCCUAAAAAUAUUCUAGCAAGUGGCAUGGACCCUCUACAGUAAUAUCAGGCUUUCCUUGCUCAUUUAUCCUCUGCAGGCACAGUGGAGGAGUUCCUGGGGAUCUCGAUAUCUCCAGCUGGAAACUGCCGAACCAGACCGACAGUUCUCGCGUACAUACAACCUUACCAGUUCAUGAAAUAAGUUAGAAAUCAGUUUUGCCUUUGGCAAAAUCGCGCUGUUUUUUCUGAUUCAAAUGUCAGUAAUCCUUCAGAGAAGACUGACUUGCUGAGGCUGGGCGAGGAUUGACCGCUCCCAAGAGAACGACCUGUACGUGUGCAUGUGCAGCAGGAAAUGGUGUCUUUUUUUUAAUAGGUUUUGUUGUUCCCAAUGGUUUAAAGCCUGUCACAGUGCCCUAGUGCCUGGAGUUGAUGAGCACUUGGGGUUCUUGUCUUUGUGGCUAAGCUGUAAAACCUAGUUUUGACUAUUCGUGCGUAUUCAAAAUUGUGUGCUUUUGGUAUGAGCAGGUGUGCCCGACACCUGGUAUCCUGGCUAAAUUCCAGCGUAGAUAAUGCCUGAGCUUCCCUUGGCGCUUUCAUUUGGAUACAGUUUUCCUUUCAUGGCACAUGCUCCUAUCUGAUAAAGCCUGAGAGAUACUGCCAAUGUGAAUAUUUUUCCAUCACAAAAAAUAUAUCUAAAAAACACAUGUGCAUCGCUUAGCUCGGAGCUUCUGCUGUGUUGUGAUGAUCUCACAAUUCUUGCUUUUUGCUUUGAGUUCUUUUUUUAGUGUUGUUCCCAUCUCUGGCGCAACGUAACACAAAUGGAAUGACUCUUAAACUAGUACGGCACAAGGCUGUCAAAUGUACAAAACAGACAAUUCAUCAGGAUGUUUUUCCCUUUAGCGUUACUGAGGUUACUUUAGGUUCUUGAGCCCGUUAGAAGCAGUAAUAACUAGUUUUAAGAGCUGAUUUUUAAAAUGUCCUCUUUAAAAAAGCUUUCUGUCGAGGAUGUUCACGUUCUGUGGGAAGUUAUCCUUGUGUAUACUGUGGUCUGCAAAGUACUCGGGUUGCUGCAAGUUGUUGGAGUGGAGGCAACUUAAGAGUGUUGGUUUUGUUCCAGACAGUAUAGCUGGUCUUGUGCAUAGUACAUUGUAGGGAUUAUUCCCCAUUAAAAAAAAUACCAGUUAAUCCUAUUUUAGUAUCUUUGUUAUGAGGAUAUGUGUAAGCUCUUUCCCCCAUUACGCUGUAAUUCUUCUUAUGCAUCAGGUGGUUAGUACGUUUCUUUCCUCUGUAGAUCUUACCCGUAGGAGGAGAGAAAAUGAUUGAAGGAGCUAGAAUUGGUUAAAUUAAUGAGAGUUGAAAUACCAUGAAGUAUUGUUAGUUUCGCAUUUGUCCAUCUCUGACUUUCAUUCUCAUGCUGUGUGAUAUUUGAACAUUUUUAGCUGUGAGUGAGCUUCAAAACUUACUGAGAGUACAUCUUGUUACAGUGACCUGUUUCGAAAUCUCUACAUACCUGUCUAAAAAAGAUUGAACAACAUCUGGUUUAAAUGCACAAAAAAUAGGAGAAUGCUGAAAUAAGGCUGCUAUCAUGUUGUGCUCAAGAACACAGAGUAUCAGAGUAGGAACCUGUCUUGGAAUAUCACAUUGCUACAGCAAACUUUUUAAUAGCACCAGUGUUUCCUUGAGCCACUUCAAUUUCUGUCCCAUCUUUUACUGGUAUUUUAAGAAAGUAUGUUUCAUAAAAUAAUUUAAAAAAAAAUCCUUAAUGAUAACUGGGAAAUUAAGUAGCAUCUGCAUCGAUGACAGUUAUGAAGUAGAUACUGCGAUAUCUAGGCAUCUACCUGAGACACUUUUGUUUUGGAUUAAGCAAGAGAGGCAAAGUGUCUUGCCGACAUUGUCCUAUUUUUCCAAGUGUUUGUAUCUUCGUGUCUCUGGGGUAUUUGUUCUUAAAGUCUGUUUGCUUCUUUAAUGUCGUAACUAUAACUAUUUUAAUUUGGAGAUCAAAAUUAUUCUAUUAAUUACAUUCUUGAUUGGCAUCUUUUGGGACAGUUCUGGCUAAUUUAAAGUCAGGAGAGCUCUUCCGAUGCAAAAGCUACCUAUUCACAUGCCUGUUGAAAUCAUCAGGAUUUCAGUACUUUCAGUAUUAUAUGUCCCUAGUUGAAUUCUGUUUUCAUUUUGUUUUCUGUGGUAUCUGGAAGCUGCCUUCUAGUACUUAUGGAAACUAAACAAGAAAACUCAGGUCAGAACAUGUAGAAAUAAAGGAGAUUUCCAAAUCCCUGUCUUUGCAUUUUUAUUUUGCACAUCUUGGUGGCAUGACGUACCUGCAGUAUUUCACAGUUGUCAGCUGAGAAUCUCCUGACCUUUGGGGGUACGGUGUGGUUCUCCCAAAUUCACAGAUGGAAUACAAAGAAACUUAUGCCUGAGACUUCAGAAAGUUUGUGGAUGGAUGGAAGUUUGUGGAAGUGAGGGCCUGGCCUUCUCUCCACUAUCUUCUUCCACUGAAGAAGCUAGUAAUUUCUAUAUAGAGAUGGUAAUUCAGACCCUGCAGCAGAGCCAGUCCUCUGGCCUGGGUUAGGUGUAGAUCAGAGAGCAGAUCUAUCCUGUGAUGUGGGAUUGUUAAAUGUCAGGGUUGCUUUGAUCCUAUUGGAGAUUCUCUUAGCCCAUUAAGAUGAUUAAUGGAUUAAUUAGGUUACCUUGAUUGUCAUCUUUGUCACUCUGACAUAUGAUACGUUGCAGGUUGUGAACACAGCUAAUAAUAAGAAAAGCUUGAAAGGUUUGUGUUCCUCUAAAUAUGGUGUUUGUUUCCCAGCUGUGCUAGCUAAUCUCAUAAAAGAUACCUUCUUCUACGAGCUUUGUCUUUAUUUCUUUAAAAUGCAAUAGAGCAUAUGACUGAAAGGGACCUUGAUGAGUGAGUUCAGCUCUGCUGAACUGUAGAAUAUGCAUUUAGAAAAUACCUUGCUGUCGCUCUUAAAUCGUAAGUUGUCUGAGUGUAAUAUUCCUAUUGACUGUUCUCAGAAACAUGUAUCUGACUUCUGCCGAAAGCGUAUUCGUGGCUAAUUUGUUCUUAUCGCGCUUAAAUUGACAUUGCCUUUUAGUUUUACUGACUCCUGAUGUCUACCCCACUACUCCCAGUACAUGAGAUCAAUCAACCAGUUUGUUUUGUCGGGCAUGAAAUAUCCCGGGCUUUGCUUAUUUCACAGCCAGUUAAUAUUGAUGACUUAGAGUUCUCUUUGGAUCAACUACCAGACCCAAGCUUUUCCUCCCAUCGCUGUUUCGAACUGAUGAACUCCCCAAGUGUCCUGUUCAUUACUGAUUUCAAUUUUUUCUGACACUCUGCAUGACAAGAUUUGUGCAGCUCUUCCUGUAUGGCGUUAUAAUCCUCUUUUGUGCAUAGAUGUGCUUCCCAAUUUUGUGUCAUCUACAGAUGGCUUUGGGAGCCUCCCAAAUUUCCACAGGAAGAGCAUUAAUAGGAAUAUGUGCUGAACUGAGCUCUAAGGUAAAUCUAUUAAGAAGUCUGAUAGCACUUUUCUGGCAUUUUGAUCACUUUAAAACUUUUUUUUUUUUUAAACUCACUAUAAAAACUUCCCUCCAGUUCUCCUGAAAAUUUUCCAUGUGGCACAGUACAAGAUACCCUACUGAAGUACAGACAGAGUACUCCAUUCCUUUUCUCGUGAAACUCAGAUCUUUUUGUCCAGGAAAAGAUGGAUUUUUAACUCUCAACUUAAUCGGGAAUGAAACAUCUUUAGUAAUUCCAUGCUGGAAAGGGGUGGAAAAUUCAACUGUCUCUGCACCUUUAAAAUUUGUUCAACAGUUUUGCAUACUGUUGAGAUCAAACUGGUAGGACAAUUUUUUUUUUUUCAUUUGCUCUUAAAUAUAGUUGCUAACUUGUUAUUCUCCUGUCAAAAUGUCAAUUGCUCUGACAGGGGUUUUAUAAGAAAUCUUCACAGGUUCAUGUGUAAUUUUGUGUGCUCGUUCUGGGACGGAGAUUACCUGCUUGCUCUGAUUUAAGUGCAUUAAGUUAUUUGAGUUUUGUUUCUGUCUUCAGGUGAUACAGUCUCUUCCCAUAAACUGGCUAAUCUGUCCAUAGCCAGCCAGCUCCUCUUCAUUCAAAACUGAGUCAGAGCAUUAAUUUCAUUUUAAAAAGAAAAUUAUCUUACAUUUCUAUCUUAUUGUAUGGUGAUCCUGCUGCUUUCCCCCCUGUUCUAUUCUUAUUCAUGCGAUUGAAAAAUCUUUUGGUUUAGCUUAUAAUAUUCUUUGUAUGGUCUAACUCAAAUUGCUCGUUUUUCCUUAUAUUUUUUGAUUUCUUUUACAUCUUUCUUUACUAGCUCUUCCUUUUGACCUUUUUUCAUUCUUCGUACAUUAUCAAACUAUUUCUUCCUAGCAAGGACUUCCAAAAAGAUGUCAGAAGUGUGGGACUUGACAAUUUUUUCUCCCCUUGCUUGAAAUAGAAAAUCCUGAUUGCUUUAACACCUUGCACUUGAAGAAUUUCCAGGCCCCUUCCACAUUCAAAUUCCUGGUCUUCUCAGUCACAGGUUUUUCAGCUAAAUUUCCUAGUUUAUCCAAAUUCGCACUUCUUAAAUAAAAUCUGUUACAAGUGUUUGCAAGUUAUCUUUAAUUUAAACUGAAUUGCAUUGUGAUUGCUUAACCUGCAGUAUUUUCUCAGACUCCCUCAUCCACAGAGAUCAUGACUGCUUUCCAAAAUACAAAGCCUUGCCUCUGUGUGGUGAACUCCCAAUGUUGUAAGUGGGUGUUGUCUGCCAAGGAGCAGCUGCAAUGGACAUGUUUAUUUGGGUUUUUUUGUCAAAAUGACAUAAAAAAAAAAAAAAAGGCAUGAGCCCAAGAAAUUUUACAGAGCUUCAGUGUGCAAAACCAUAGUAGGGUUUUCUCUUGUUACAAAAUACAAACUGCUAGUUCUGUUGUUGUCCUUCAGCAUAAAUAACCUUCUAAAAGAGGAAAGACUUUAUCAUAGGAAGGGAAUUAAACUGGUAUUAAAAAAUCCACCAGUAAAACCAGCCAGAUGACAGUAAAACAUACCAGUGACCACAUUUGCAACAGAUCUCCUUCUCUUGAUACCUAAAGUGAAUAUUGUGUUAUCAGACAGAAGAAACAGCUGAGCAGCGCGAUUCUCCUGCACAUAACAUUAGCGUAUUCUCAACUGUGCUAGGCUUUUUCAGAACGUGCAAACAGAAUUUUGGAAGCAACCGAUCUCUGAGCAGUUGUACCAAAGAAUAAUCCAGUUACCAACAUUUUUCCUUUUAUGCUUACUAAUAAAACGUAGUGAUUCCUUACUAUGUUGGAUGCAUUAAUUGUGCCGUAGUAGCUCUGAGGAUAUACUGGUGUUAAGGUGUCUUCAGGAAUGUGGUCUUUUUCAGUUGAAGUACAUGAAAAGAAGCAGUUCAUUAUAUCCAAAAUAAUUGCCUCAGUUACAUUGGGUGAUGUAAAGAAGCCUCAGUAAUACGGCAGAUUUCCCCAGUUGGUUGUCUCGGUUCUUGAAGGUUACGUUUAGCUAAUCAAAAAGGCUUUUCUGUGUGAUGUGUAUGUUUUGAGAAUAACUUGAAGGAUUCUUAUCUAGAUGUUCACUCUGGUUUUAUUUAAACGUUUUGGGCACAGUGGAAUAGGAGUGUAAUCUAACUUCAGUUUAACUUUGUUUCCCUACGUAGAACGUUCUGCUUAGUGAAUUCUCUCAUUUAAGUUUCUGAGAGGAUGCUACUUACCACAAAGCAGAUUUUUUUUUUUUUGAGUCUCAAAGGCUAGACACGUUUUCCAGCUCUGCAUAGAGUACAUAGAGUGCUGUUCAUCACAGUGACAACUGAACUUCCAGAGGAAGGCUGACAUUUGAGGUUAUUAAGUCAGAAAAUGGUUGGGUGAAGUUUAAUGGCGGGUAAAUAAAUACCUAACAAAUGGAAGUUUCAAAACUUGAUUUAAAAAUAUAUUUUAAGUGGUUGCCAGCAAGCGUGCAGAAGCAUGUGAGGCAUUUCUAAAAUAGAAACUGCGACGGCUCAUGGAAUAAUGCAUGAUCAGUCAUGUCAUUCAAAAUUACCUGUCAACUGCAGGCAGGCAGGUUUUUCUUUUUCUUUCUUUUUUUUUUCCCCUUCCCUGUACAGUUGUAAGGCAGAGGAUGAGUGCUUAUUUUUUUUUCAUUUGCAUCUGCAGAAGCUCACAUGUAGGUAACCUGAAGUACUACUUUAAUAUACUAGGUUAGAACAAAUUAGACCUUGGGAUAUAUCACAGUGAAUUAUCAUCCUGAAAUGGCAGAUAGUACAUUGGAGUUGGUGGAACAGUCACGUCAAGUUACAGACUGAGUCACUGGCAAAGCUGGAAGGAGUCAAGAUUUUUAGGCAUUAUCUGGGAGUUUAAUCACUAGUUUCCUCUGCUUAGAAAUGGUUGCUGGCAGUCUAAUCUGGUACCAGGUACAUACAUUCCAACUCCUUUUACUUGCUCUGAGACAACAUUUCUUUGGUAUGUUGUAGCUUUUCAUGGAGAAUUGUAAUAAAAUAAUGGUCUUCUUUACUGUGAAGAAAAGGAACUUGCUGCACGCUCUUCCGGUCUCUCCCACUAUGAACUGGUUAAUGAUAAUUUUGUUAUUUUCCCAAGGUUUUUGUUAACUACCACUGAUUUUAGUAUCUUAACAGGUACUUAAAAUGCUGAUGCACUUUUGUCUUUCUGCAGAAACUAUUUCUGUCUUAGACCUUCACUCUCCAAAGACACUUAGUGUGACUACCAAUUGUAUAUAACUAUUGUAUCUUCUAAGAGAAGGGGAAAACAGUAUUGAGGGUGACUAUAUCUCUGUUUUCAUGAAACUUGCUCUUUAUUUUGGAAAGCGAACUUACUGUGAUACUAAAUUAUUAUUUCCU